CGGGAUUUGAAAGAUGUCGGAUCAAGCAAGAUGGAAAGCUACUGUGUAUGUUGGUGGUCUAGCGCCGAUGGUCACCGCCGCAAACCUCGAGGCUGUGUUCCUACCCUUUGGUGAAAUUGCAGACGUCUCCAUCCCUAAGCCUGAAGGCCCAAACUCUACUGAGCUUCACCGAGGAUUUGGGUAUGUGGAAUUUGAGGACCCAGAAGAUACGAAAGAUGCCAUCGACAACAUGGAUCAGUCAGAAGUCUUUGGUAGAGUAAUCAAAGUUUCAGCUGCGAAGCCUCCAAAGAACGUCAAUGAAGGCCUUGGAAGCAAGACUGCAUUAUGGGAGCAGGAGGGCUGGCUUGCAGAGAAUGCUGUGAGUGAGGAGGAUAAGUUAGCAACAGAGAGAGCACAAACAGGUGCAAAUAGGCCUGAUGAUCCCAUGCAAGGCUUAGAAGGUUUGGAUGUUGCUGGGCCCAAGCCAGCAUGAAGAAGUUUGGUCCUUCCAUUUUCACGAUGGGAUAUGCAUGGGUGGCGUUCAGAGAGAUAGGGAAAUUGCAAGGCGUUUCAAGGAAG